CCACGUGAGAAGUUAAACCUACUAUAGAGGGCGAGGUGUAUGUCAACAAUAAGUGUGGGAAAAAUGCCACGUGAAGUACCUCUCGACGAUGAACGUCACGAAUGAUAAAAAUAUUUCUGCGUUAAAAAAGGCAAAAGAUGUUAAGUCCACGUUGGAAGAAUGGGACGCGAACAAAAUUGUUUUUCGCGUAUUGCUGUUCGUCUCAUGCUUCAAAGUACUUUUAAUUCCUACGUAUCGUUCCACGGAUUUUGAAGUACACCGCAAUUGGCUUGCUAUAACGUACAGUUUGCCACUGAAAGAAUGGUACGUGAAUGCCAAGUCACAGUGGACCUUGGAUUACCCACCAUUCUUUGCAUGGUUUGAAUACUUUCUCAGUCAGAUUGCAAGAUUCGUAGAUGAUGACAUGUUAAAAGUGGAAAAUCUAAAUUACGCGUCUUUUAAUACUGUCCUUUUCCAAAGAGGCACUGUUAUAUUUUUGGAUUUGGUAUAUGCUUACGGAGUUAAAGAAAUUGGCAAAGUAUUUUGCUCUUCGUUUGAUGAAUAUCUUAUCUUCAUAGUUUUUUCUCUGUGCAACAUUGGAUUGCUACUGGUGGAUCACAUACAUUUUCAAUAUAACGGAUUUCUACUUGGCAUUUUUUUGCUUGCUGUUGCUAACGUUUCUAAAAUAAAUAAACAGGUGGCUAUCUUGUCUGGAACACUAUUAUUUGCCAUACUGCUGAAUUUAAAACACAUUUAUUUAUAUGUAGCACCAGUGUUUGUAGUCUGGUUACUCAGAUCGUACUGCAUAAAUGAAGGUUCAUUCUUCAGACGUUUAUUUGCUCUUGGAAGUAUAGUUAUUAUCACCUUAACAAUUUCAUUUGGCCCAUUUGUCUCGCAAUUGUCUCAGGUAAUAUCAAGGCUGUUUCCAUUUAAAAGGGGUUUGGUGCACGCGUACUGGGCAGCAAACGCUUGGGCAUUGUACAUAGGUGCAGAUAAAGCGACAUGUUUAAUUUUGAAACAGUUAGGAUGGUUGAAAAGUACGAGAACAGCAGUCAUGACUGGUGGAUUAGUACAAGAACAAACGUUUUUGGUUUUGCCAAGUCCUACUCCAGCUGUGACGUUUUUAUUAACUAUUUGCACUAUGCUGCCUGCACUGUAUUGUUUACUAUGUAAGAAGGAGUACACGAAUCCAAAGCAAUUUGUACGGUGCUUAGUCCUCUGUGCUUUGUGCUCGUUCAUUUUUGGUUGGCACGUACAUGAGAAGGCCAUUUUAACUGCUAUUAUACCACUGUGUGUGUUAGCAGCGACCAACAAGGACGAUGCCAGAAUCUACGUAAUUUUAAGCGGCGCAGGUCACGCCGCUCUUCUGCCUCUACUCUAUACGGACAAUUUAACUCCAUUGAAAAUCUUGUUAAUUUCUAUACACACAACUGCAUCCUUUUUAACUUUCUUUCGAAAGUUCGACGCUAGUCUAUUGUACUCCUACGAGUACUUGUACGUAAUUAAUCUGCCAGUGUUAACAGUAUACGAGACCAUUGUACAUAAGUUGAUAUUUCAUGAGAAACUGCCAUUUCUGCCUUUGGCCCUUACUUCAAUAUACUGUGCUGUAGGGAUAACCUAUUCUUGGGUUGUCUAUUAUUAUAUGUUUCUACGAUGCAGCGACGCUGAUGAUAUUAAAAAAAAAAGACAAUAAAAUCUUUACACAUUGCGCAACA